AUGGUGCUUGUCCCUGCCGGGGCAAUGCCCCCUACGCCGCGGCGCGGUUUUGGCGUGGGCCCCGAUGACCUCCACCUCCCCGUCGAGUUUUUGGACGCCGCCCACCCGUUUCCUCCCGCACCGCGGCAGGACGACGGGCCGUACCAGCCUCCAGCCAUCGACCGCCUGUACUCAGGGAGUCUCACAGUUACACGUACGCGGAUUGUCAUUUCCCUCCUCCCCGACGAGCACGAUGGCCGUGGACGUGGGCCGACGCCCUGCGCCGAAGCGGGGGCACGUGAGGCGGUUGUCUUCAGUGACGUCGUCGAGGCGGUGACUGGGCUUGUCCGUUGGGUCUCCGCCACCUCGCGCCGCACGCUCUGGUACUCGCUGGAGCUGCUUGGCGGCGCCCACUGUGUCGUCUUCAGGCCCGACGGGACACGGGUUGCGCCGCCCCACGGCAGCGAGGGCGCGCACACGGAGGCGGGGACGGCGGAGGCUCUCCCGCCGUGGGUGCGCCGCGUCGCGGCCGCCACCGGGCAGCCCGUUGAAGUGGGCCUCUGGCCGGGCGGCGAAGGCGGUAGUGCCAAUGAUUUUGACGGCCUGCCACGCUCCACCUUUGCCUGGGGGCCGCUGCAGAAGCUGGGCGCUACGGGGCGAGAGGGCGGCUCCCGAAGUGUUGAGGAGACAACGAUGGGCCCCGAUGGGGUGGGGUGGGAGAGGCAGCGGCAUGACUGCCUGUAUGAGGCGCUCUCUGCUCAUGUUUCCCUCAUGCGUGAGGAGCAUCUGGACAGGGAGGACAUCCUGCUGCGCUGGGCAGCGCCACUCGUACGUCUGGCACUCUCGCCAUUCCUGUCGACGGCCGAGGCAAAGGCGCGAGUGGGAACGAAUAUCGCACAAACGUCCCUGAGCCUGCGCGGCGCGCCGGCGUCGGCGGAGACGGAGGUGCGUGAUGAAGGUGGCAUCAGCAUCGCGGACGAAGUGGUGCAGCUGCUGGCGGAGGAGGAGGCAGUGGCACGGAUGAAGUUUGAAAAGUACGCAGUCGCCGUGCGGAAAGGCGGCUCUGGGAGCCAAACCUCCGCGGCUUACUGA